CGAGCGCCUCUUUUCGGGAUUAAAAGCGCCGCCAGCUCCCGCCGCCGCCGCCGCCGCCAGCAGCGCCGCUGCAGCCGCCGCCGCCGGAGAAGCAACCGCGUCCGAUCCGUACUGGGUGCAAUGAAAGCUCCACGCAGGCCUUACCAUGGAAGGCUGUGACUCGCCUGUCGUCUCGGGGAAGGACAAUGGGUGCGGUAUCCCUCAGCACCAGCAAUGGACUGAACUCAACAGCACCCACCUCCCCGACAAACCCAGUAGCAUGGAGCAGUCCACAAGCGAGAACCACGGGCCCCUGGACAGCCUGAGGGCCCCCUUCAAUGAGCGCCUCGCGGAGAGCACCGUCCCGGCCGGCCCCGCCGCCGAGCCCGCCGGCAAGGAGGUCAGCUGCAACGAGUGCUCGGCCUCCUUCGCCAGCCUCCAGACCUACAUGGAGCAUCCCUGCCCCGGCGCGCGCCCCCCGCCGCCCCUGAGGGAGGAGAGCGGGAGCGACAGCAGUGAGGAGGGGGACGAGGAGAGUGACGUGGAGAACCUGGCCGGGGAGAUCGUGUACCAGCCGGACGGCUCGGCGUACAUUGUCGAGAGCCUGAGCCAGCUGACCCCGGGCGGGGGCGUGGGUGUGGGCGGCAGCGCGCCCCUCCCGUCGCUCUUCCUGAACUCUCUCCCCGCCUCGGCGGGCAAGCAGGGGGACCCUCCCUGCGCUGCGCCCGUCUACCCACAGAUCAUCAACACUUUCCACAUAGCCUCAUCCUUCGGGAAAUGGUUUGAGGGCCCAGACCAGGCCUUCCCGAAUACCUCAGCCCUGACGGGGCUCAGCCCCGUCCUGCACAGCUUCCGCGUAUUUGACGUGCGACACAAAAGCAACAAGGAUUACCUGAACAGUGACGGCUCUGCCAAAAGCUCCUGCGUAUCCAAAGAUGUCCCCAACAAUGUGGACCUGUCCAGAUUUGAUGGCUUCGUGCUCUACGGCAAGAGGAAGCCCAUCCUGAUGUGCUUCUUGUGCAAGCUCUCCUUCGGGUACGUCCGUUCGUUUGUGACCCACGCGGUGCACGACCAUCGAAUGACCCUGAGUGAAGAUGAGCGGAAACUUCUUAGCAAUAAGAACAUCUCCGCUAUCAUCCAAGGGAUCGGCAAAGACAAGGAACCCCUUGUAAGUUUUCUGGAACCAAAAAACAAAAACUUUCAACUCCCUUUAGUUUCCACCGCUAACCUCAUAGGCCCCGGACACAGUUUCUAUGGUAAAUUUAGUGGCAUUCGAAUGGAAGGGGAGGAGCCUCUCCCAGCCGGCCCUGCCGCCGGCCCCGAGCAGCCCCAGGCUGGUAUCUUGACCCCCAGCACCCUCUUGAACCUUGGCGGGCUCACCAGCUCAGUCCUGAAGACCCCCAUUACCUCAGUCCCCCUGGGGCCUCUGGCCUCCAGUCCUACCAAAUCCUCAGAGGGCAAGGACUCUGGGGCAACAGAAGGAGAGAAGCAAGAAGUGGGCGAUCCGGAUUGCUUCUCCGAGAAAGCAGAGCCGGCCGAGGAGGAGGCCGAGGACGAGGAGGAGGAGACCCUGUCGAGGGGCGCAGCUUCUACUAGUUCUAAUUCCGCUUCUUCCUUUGUUGUCUUUGAUGGUGCGAACAGGAGGAAUCGUUUAAGCUUUAACAGUGAGGGCGUCAGGGCCAACGUGGCAGAGGGCGGCAGGAGGCUGGACUUUGCUGAUGAAAGUGCCAAUAAAGACAAUGCCACAGCACCAGAACCAAAUGAAAGCACAGAGGGGGACGAUGGGGGCUUCGUGCCCCAUCACCAGCAUGCUGGCUCCCUCUGUGAGCUUGGGGUGGGGGAGUGCCCCUCGGGGAGUGGCGUGGAGUGCCCCAAAUGCGACACGGUCCUGGGUUCCUCCCGCUCGCUGGGCGGCCACAUGACUAUGAUGCAUUCUCGCAACUCGUGCAAGACACUCAAGUGCCCCAAGUGCAACUGGCACUACAAGUACCAGCAGACGCUGGAGGCGCACAUGAAGGAGAAGCACCCAGAGCCGGGGGGCUCCUGCGUCUACUGCAAGAGCGGGCAGCCCCACCCUCGGCUGGCCCGAGGCGAGAGCUACACGUGUGGUUACAAGCCCUUCCGCUGUGAGGUGUGUAACUACUCCACAACUACCAAAGGCAACCUCAGCAUUCAUAUGCAGUCCGACAAGCAUCUCAACAACAUGCAGAACCUGCAGAACGGAGGGGGCGAGCAGGUCUUCAGCCACACGGCUGGGGCGGCGGCGGCGGCGGCCGCGGCGGCCGCGGCGGCGGCCAGUAUCGGCAGCUCCUGUGGGGCCCCCUCGCCCACCAAACCAAAAACCAAACCCACCUGGCGGUGCGAGGUGUGCGAUUACGAGACCAACGUGGCCAGGAACCUCCGCAUCCACAUGACGAGCGAGAAGCACAUGCACAACAUGAUGCUGCUGCAGCAGAACAUGACCCAGAUCCAACAUAACCGCCACCUGGGCCUCGGCAGCCUGCCCUCGCCCGCUGAGGCCGAGCUCUACCAGUACUACCUGGCCCAGAACAUGAACCUGCCCAACCUGAAGGUGGACAGCGCGGCCCCAGACGCCCAGUUCGUGAUGGGCGGAUUCCAGCUGGAUCCCGCCGGGCCCAUGGCCGCCAUGACGCCCGCUCUAG